AUGAUGAUCCCUGAUUUAAUCGCCGCCCUUCUUGCCGUAUUACUUCCUUUUACUUUGACAUGGUGUGGUAAGAAGAAAGCAAAGCCCAAAGAAGAUCCGAAGAAAACUGAUCAAGCUAAAGGGAGUAAACCGGAAGGUGCCGAGAAGAAGGAGGAACAAAAGGUGGAGGAACCUAAGGAAGCUGUUCUGCAUCCAACCCAGCAAGACUCUGGGAAUAAGGAAGGUGAAGAAAAGAAGGAAAAUGAUAAGAAGCCAGAGAUGAAAGUUUCACAGACGCAGGCGUCUGCUGAAAAGCAGGCAGAAGAAAAACUAGAAUUGAAGAACACGCAAAAAUCGAAAACAGAAGACGAUCCCAAGAAAAAAUAA